AAGGCAGCCAGACAUCUGUUGCAUAGCGCGGACAAAACAUUUGCUAACUGUUUAUAUCAGAGAAUUUUACGUUUGAGAUUCAUUUUGUGGACAAGAAUUGUCUGGGCUCAAACAAUAUGGCCUCUAUUGUGUCUCCUAUCGCUCAACCUUCAGGACCGAAAUCAGUUUCCCGACCCAAGCGCUGGAGCGAGGAAGUGGAAGAAGCUUACAGAUUUCAGAUCGCUGGCUAUAGAGAUGUACACGAGUACCGCGAUGUCAAGCAAAAAGAACCCGAUCGCUGGCCUCAUAAUGGCUAUGUCAAGAAACUUCAACGGAAAGAUGGCUGCUUCAUUUACUUUGAUAAGACCAGAGAAUGCACUGACAAAGACGUUUAUAAAUGCAAAUUGUAUGGAUAUUGAUAGUGCCACUAGAAAAUGUUGUUCAUUGAAAUCAAUGUAAUGUCAGAUUGCAGUUACAAGAGGGUUCCUGAAGCAAUUAGGGAAAAUCAAACAGAUCAAGUUUGAUUCCAAUCUUUGAGCGUGACACAUGAUAAGAAGUGAAAAUUGAGGAAGUCUUUGCUGUUUUUAGUGGAAUAUUAUUUAAAGACAAAUUAUAAAGUUACAAUUUUCUUUUAGCCGUGGUAUUUUCCAGUAGCUGUAAAAAUGUCAUUUGUAUGUACCCACAGUAAAGUUCAAAUAUCAGUUUUAAUAUCAAUGAUUAUUUUGUAUCAACUUAAUAUAUAGCAAAGAUUGUGUACAAAGACAAAUUUCAUGUAAUGCUGUGUAUUAAUUAAAGUUCAAUAUAAUUA